CCAAUCAUUGGACGCCGGCCCCCCAAAGGGGCGGUAUUGUUCCUCCAGACAGUUUUGUUGAAGAGUUUAGUUGCUAAUGUGGCACAGACGAAGAAGAAGAAGAAGCAAGGGAGGGGCGACCCGGUGUUUGUUUUUAUUAUAAUAGCUAUUAUUAAAUUCUGCGGGGACUCGCGAAAGAAAAGGGAGGGCGAUCGCGAUUGCACGCGCGCGUCUGGAUUAGCGCCUUUGUUUGGUCGGUCGCGGGAGCAUGCGGCGAUGAAGACGCUGGAAUGAUUCCUUAAAUAUUUAUUUAUUUAUUUCCCACACUGUUUUGGAGUUUGGAUUUCGCUACAUUUCCGUGGGAACGCUACAGCUCAGGGGGGUCCGCGAGGAUGGACCAGGCCAGCAUCCUGAGGAAGUUCAUCCAGGGGGUCGAGACGAUGCGCACCGGCGAGCGCCUGGGAGAGGAUAACUUCGGGACGGACUUCAUGAGGUUGCGGAGACUAUCGACCAAAUACAGAACAGAGAAGAUCUAUCCGACCAACGUGGGAGAGAGGGAGGAGAACGUGAAGAAGAACAGAUACAAAGACAUACUGCCAUUUGACCACAGUCGAGUCCAAGUGUCGUUAAAAUCCUCCAAUCAGGACUCAGAUUACAUCAAUGCAAACUUCAUUAAGGGCAUGGAGGGUCCGGAGACGUACAUCGCCACGCAGGGUCCUCUCCCCAACACCAUCAUCGACUUCUGGAGGAUGAACUGGGAGUACAACAUCGCUGUCAUCAUAAUGGCGUGUCGGGAGUUUGAGAUGGGGAGGAAGAAGUGUGAGAAGUAUUUUCCAAUGUUUGGUGAUGAGCCAAUGACCUUUGGCCCAUUUAAGAUCUCCUGUGAAUCAGAACAAGGCAGAACAGACUACUUUAUCCGCUUACUCGUGGUGGAGUUUGAAAACGAGACGCGGAGGUUGACCCAGUUCCACUACAUCAACUGGCCGGACCAUGACGUGCCCUCCUCCUUCGACUCCAUCUUGGACAUGAUCAGCCUGAUGAGGGAACACCAGCAGCACGACCACACACCCAUCUGUGUCCACUGCAGUGCGGGGUGUGGCCGGACUGGAGCCAUAUGUGCCAUUGACUACACCUGGAACCUGCUAAAAGCUGGAAAGAUUCCGGAAGACUUCAACGUGUUCCGGCUCAUUCAGGAGAUGCGAACGCAGCGGCACUCUGCAGUUCAGACCAAGGAGCAGUAUGAGCUGGUGCACAGGGCCAUCUCUCAGCUCUUUGAGAAGCAGCUGCAGGUUCUGGAGAGUCCCGGCGCUGACAUCACAGACGGCAUGGACGAGGUCAGUCCAGAGAAGCCAGCUCAGAAUUCGGAUGAGGAGAGAUGGGACACACCACCACCCAAACCCCCACGCAUCCGCAGUAGUCAGGUGGAGGGUGAUGUUCGUGAGGAGAUCCUCCAGCCCCCUGAGCCUCGGCCGGUGCCCCCCAUCCUGACGCCCUCCCCCCCCUCCGCCUUCCCCACAGUGACCAACGUGUCCGUGGCCAACGACCGCUACCACCCCAAGCCUGUGCUGCACGUGCUAGCAGCCGCCGCCGCCGCUGCUGCAGCCGCCGCCCACGGGUCCGCCCCCCCCGCACGGAGCCCCGAGGAGGAUGACGCCCCCCAGGCCACCAGCCCCGCCCCUGGCUCCUCCCCCGAGUGCCGCGUGGAGCGGAAGCUGAGCAUCGAGAUCAAGAAGGUUCCGCUGCAGGAGGGACCAAUCAGCUUCCAGUCUGGGGCGGCGGGGGCCGGGGGGGGCGGCAUGCUGCAGCGAAGCCACGCCUUCAAGUCGCGAGGUUCCGCCCCUGCCAACGGCAGCUCCGCCCCCAGCAACAGCAGCUCUCUGUCUGAGGACUCGGGGGUGGAGACAGGGGGCGAGGGUGCCGCCCCCCCGCGCCCAAACCACCUCCCCCUGACUGAGGAGAGGCAGGGGCCGGCCCCGUGGGCCCCGUCUAGCCCCACCCCUGAACACACACCCAGCCCCGCCCCUCCUGCACAGGCCACGCCCACCCGGACUGCCCUCUGCUUCACCAACCCUCUGCACUCGGAUCUGGAGGCCGACGCCCCCUCCCCGCCCCACUCCACCGUCUCCAUGGCGACCGGCUCCGUGUCGGCCCCGCCGGGGGACGUCGCCGCCCCGACACGCAGAGUCAGCUCCCUCUCCAUCGCUGGCCAAUCAGCAUCCACGCAACCCAACAGAGACGUGAGUGAGGAGUCGCCCCCCCCCCUACCUGAGCGGACCCCAGAGUCCUUCCUGCUACCCUCAGAUCUAUCAGAGCCGCUGGGAUCUGCAGGUUCGGCCUUAUGGUGUAGCAGCCCUACUGACCAACACACACGCCACAGUCCUGAGGGGAUGAGAAGAACUCAGGCCAGACCAGUGACUGAUGAGAAGGCUUCGGCGACAGAGGCAGCAGAGGUGGAGGGGCCUGGGAGCGAGUCCAGCCCAGUGAUUGGGUUUGGAAGCCGUGGCACCCAGCCCAAAGGCCCCAGGGACCCCCCCUCCACAUGGACAUGAUGUCAGAGACCCCCCCC